AUCUUUACCUUCUCGAACAACUCUUGCAUCACAACGACGACCUGACCUCGACGGCCUGACUUUUCCCACAUUCCUGGCCAAAUUGCGUCGCAUACACACGUCGACCAACCACCCGACCGCUCGUCGCCAAUCCCGCCCGAUUCCAUCUGCUGCGACGCGACAACUGUCCCUCUCCGCCCACUGUCUGACAUUCACCUUCGACUCUGAGACACUGCCUUGGGACUCGCCGAAUGUGCUGAUCUGCUCGACCUUCGCGACUUACCAUCGACUGCGCAAUGCGAUAGAGGCCUCGAGGCCGAACCGAACCGAUUAAAAAUGACGGGCAACGCCUUCGCCGUCGUCUACGUGGACCGAAAGGCCCCCAUCACGGGCUACCUUGGCGAUAAGGACCUCGAUGAAUUGAAGGAAAAGCAUGCUUCCAGCGAGACCGAGCACAACAUCCGUACCGUCCUGGCUGCCUUUGGACAAGCCCAUGUCUGCGCGGAUGGCGUGUCCUGCCUGACGACCAUUGCACAGCUCGAUGAACCGCGCAACCCAAACCCUAUUGUUGUGCUUCUCGAUAUGCCUCAGGACGAUGAUGCCGCCAUUCGUAGAACAUCGUGGGAUGCGAACCCGCCUUCCCCAUUGGUUGGAAGACGACCCAAAGUGGAGCGAAACGAGCCAAGUGAUGUAUACGGCGUGCACUUGCUAGCCUACCUGUCCUCGGAGAUACAGCAGCGUGUCCGUUCAAGGCUAGUCAUCCCAAUCGCUGUUCUUGCUGGCAAGACCGACCUACUGGCUGAACCUACACGUAUGUCGCGCUUCUUGGAUGCUGGUGCCGUCGAUGUGCUUCCUAGCCCGCUGGGAGUCGACAGGGUCCAAGGCUUGGCCGUUCACGCAUACCGUACAUAUAAAGAGGUUGCUCGUGAAGAGGCAAGCUUCGUGCUCCAGAAGAGAAACCGGAAACUGUCAUGGGUUGGCAUUGAUGAAGAACGCCCUUAUGCAUACCUCAGAGAAGUCAUGGUUUCAGGCCUGAUGAAUGGCAUUUGCAACCCUGACUCUGUUGGCGAGUGCAUAGACCCCAGCGAACUCAAGAUUGAACCUGAGAGAAAAGCUGUCGUUGCUCAAGCAGUUGGCACAUGGGCGUUUUCUGCUCAUGACUUUGACUCUGACGAGCUUCUUUACGCUGCUUUGACCAUACUGGAGCAUGCCCUAAAAAUGCCGGAGCUUGAGAAAUGGCGCAUUUCUACGGAUGAUCUAACCAUCUUCCUUUUCGCUUGUAGGCACGCCUACAACGAUUUUGUCCUCUACCACAACUUCCGUCACAUCGUCGAUGUUUUGCAAGCUGUUUUCUAUUUCCUCUUACAGAUUGGCAUUCUACCUCCCUACCCCAACUCGAACGGCGAGCAAGCACCCAGGACAGACCUUGCACCAGUGGCGUCUCUAUUGCAGCCGUUUGAUGCAUUGACCCUCCUCAUCUCGGCCAUUGGCCAUGAUGUAGGCCACCCUGGUGUGAACAACGCUUUCUUGGUCGCUCUGAAUGCACCGCUUGCUCAGCUCUACAACGAUCGUUCGGUCCUGGAAGCGUUCCACUGCGCAGCCUAUUCGCAGAUCCUUCGCAGAUACUGGCCCCAGGCUUUCGCUGACAUCCCCAUGCGUAAGCUUAUGAUCAACUCUAUCCUGGCUACAGACAUGGGUCUUCAUUUCAAGUACAUGAUAGACAUGGGAAAUCUUCAGGAGAAGCUCUCUUCAAAUGAUGACAGCAUUGAGGGCUGGACGCCAAAGGCUCUUGAAGAGACUAGAGAUCUCGUCUGUGGACUCCUGAUGAAAUGUGCUGACAUCAGCAACGUGGCACGAAAAUAUGCCGUUGCAGCACGAUGGGCGGUCAUUCUCACGGAUGAAUUUUCCAACCAAGGCGCUAUGGAGAAAGAGCUUAACUUGCCAACUUGCUUGUUCGGCGGUCCCCCUGAUCGCGAGGAUUUAGUCAAGCUAGCAGAGUCUCAAAUCGGCUUCAUGAGCAUUUUCGCUGGGCCUCUUUUCGAAGGCAUUACAGCAGUCUUGCCGGCCAUGGGAUUCUCUACUGUCGAGAUCGAGAUCAAUCGUACUGUUUGGGAGGAGAAGAUACACGUUGAGAAGCUGAGGAGAGGAUCCAUCAUGGCAAGCCCAGCUGCCCAACCUUCGCCUCUACCUCGAGCCCCUCUCUCUGUGCCUGAAGAGGAGUCCGAAGACAGCAAGGAAGACGACAUUCCGCCUGAACGAGAUUCGCUCUUCGGCCCAUCUCGUACGUCACAAACACAAGAUGAAGCAACACAACCUGACAGCAGCCGGGGGAUUAUAGAACCAGCAUCGCCCACAUCACCUACGAGGGCUCGUCCGACAUCCGCAUCGCCCAUGAAAAGCAACAAGAAAAAAUCAAGCACAUCUAGCUUCCACGCGCCGUACUCGGUACCAUUCCACCAACACACCAAUUCGCGACGCUCUUCGAAGGAUGCCGCGCUCGAGCAGCUUGAACAAUUGCAGUUAGGUCAGCUCAGCAGCUUCUCGCGCAUCGAGAACCAGAACUACGAUGCUGGACGACGAGGCAGUGGAGAUGCUUCUUUGACGACAAUUCUUGUUCGCAGCCAAACAGCGCAAAGUAAGCAGGAGCCAGACUCGCCCACAAAGUCACCUCCAUCUCCGCACAAGCAGACCAUUCGCCCCUUCCCAGCGCCAGCUCAGCCAGGUGUUCCUGCUUCCCUGCCUUCUUCCCGCAGUCAUGCCCCUAGCAAUGCCACGGCAACGACGGGAACUUAUGCACAAUCACCAGGAUCGACUCGACCGUCCUCUGUGGAAGAAAUGGAAGCUGAGACAACACCCAAAGGACUACAGGCUCCCCCAGUACUGUCGACAGAGAACCCGUUCUUGCAUCCCAACUCAAGCCCAGAUCUGCAUGGCAGAGAACGCAUUUCUCACUCGGCUCCAGAUAUCCUGAGCAUUCCCGAGGUGCGUGCGGGUAAACUGAACUCGGUAUCACAAAUUACCGCAGAACAUGGGGACGAAGGCGAUGACAAUCGUGGCAUGUCUCAAAGACCAUCUGGACUGCGCGAAAGUCGUAGCCGAAGCAGAUUGAGAGGGCUUCGCUUCUGGAGAAAGAGAUGGAAGAGUCCUGGUCCCAGCGCCGAAGUCGACACGGAGCCCUGA